GUCACUGAGCGGCUGAUAUAACACAGCACUGCGGAGCAUCUCUGAGCUCAGGCGGGAUUCAUAUCAAACUAUCUACGAGCUGGCGAUCGUCUGCAUUUUAGCCCAAGUCAAAUAAAGUGGGAAAGUCAUUUUUUUUAUUGCAGUAGAAUCGGUGGCUUUGUGGGUCAAAGAUAUCGCCUUUCUCCUCCAAAUUCCCUAAUCAUUUUGUAAGAACCGCAGUCUUAUGAGUGCGAUCUUCUCUGGAUGCGCACACGUCAGUCAGGCUGGAGAAAUGAUUAUUCACGUCUCACUUAGAAACGAGUUAUUAUUCUGAAAUGCUUUUUUGCACAGGCCUUCAAUGACGCUCAGCUGCUUUCGUUUAAUGCGCCUUUUCGCCGUCUCGAACGCGGUAAUAACACGCGCGUGCGCGCGCACUUGACACCUGUUAGCUCGCGUCGCGCGCGCUUCUGACGCGUGCCAUUGUUGUGACUCGCGCUACGUGGACUACCUCAAAACUCUGACGCCAGGUCGCCAUGGAAACUGCUUUAAGCUGCGGCUCCGAGAGAGCAGAAGGUGUGGGAUAUUUAAGAGUUUGAGAGCCGCGAUCCGCCUGAAGAGCGAGCGGCUCCCGCAGCACUGCCCAGCGUCGGAUUACUCCUGGACAUCGCCACCAUUCUGCUCAUCCAGCGAUCUUGUGAACAUAAUAGAGAUGGAAGAUGAUCGCCGGUUUCACAAACUGACACAAGAACAGGUGGAGACUUUGGAUCAAGUUCUUACAGAGGUCAUUCCCAUUCAUGGUAGGGGUAAUUUCCCAACCCUUGAAAUCAAACCUAAAGACAUAAUCCAUGUGGUCAGAGACAGACUGAUUUUGAAGAAGAUCAAGGUGAGAGAUGUCCGUCUGAAUGGCUCGACAGCCAGUCAUGUGCUUGUCAAAGAGAAUGGCACCAGCUACAAAGACUUGGAUAUCAUCUUUGGUGUAGAGCUUCCCAAACCAGAGGACUUCCAGAUCAUCAAGGAGGUAGUUUUGGGAUGUCUGCUGGACUUUCUACCUAAAGGUGUCAACAAAGAUAAGAUUACAGCUCUCACCAUGAAAGAGGCAUAUGUGCAAAAAAUGGUUAAGGUCUUCACUGAACAUGACCGUUGGAGCCUUAUCUCCCUUUCAAACAACAGCGGUAAGAACGUGGAGCUCAAGUUUGUCAACUCUCUACGACGCCAGUUUGAAUUCAGUGUGGAUUCUUUUCAGAUUAUCCUAGACAGUAUGCUACAAUCUUAUUUGGAAGCAGAAAGGAGGAAGAUUGUGGAAGGGCAAGAGGGCCAAGGCUCUACUUCAGCUCAAAGUCAAGGAAUUCAGACAGCCCUAACGGAUGAACCUCAGCUCAGCUCUUGUGACACAGGGCAUGACCAGGAAAGUGACAUCGACAUGUCCUGCAAAACUGAUGAUAUUCAAACUCUUUGUGACUCUCAGUGUUGUUGUGCAGCUAGUCAGAAAGAGCAGUCUAAAUAUUCAGAACAAGAACCAACACAUGAAACAGACAAAGAUGUUGAAACAGACAUGGUUCAAACCACAACUACGCCUGUCUCUUUGGAGCAAGUAUCAGAGCACUCUGUGAUGGUGCAUGUGGAGGAAAAGAAUGAGCUUCACGAAAAUGUGUCUUUGCAAACUGAGACACUGCUCGAAGAAAAUACAAAUGAAACUGGAAUGGAUUCAGAAAAGGGAGAUGAACUAGUUGGGGUAAAAACUAUAUCUGUUAAAGAAACAAAUCCCAAUGUUAAAACAUGCAUUCAUGAAACAGAUUCUGACAAAACAGAAUACAUGUUAGACAUAGAGCCAGUUAAAUCCCAACCAUGGCUCGAAAUGGUACACACAGACUUUUCUUGUCUUUCAAAAACAGGGACCUUUGGUGAGCGGUGCACGUUCCAACCUGCUCCUAUUACAUUUCUCACACAAUCAGCACUAGACUCAUAUGCGGAGUAUCCUUUACCACCCCCGGCCAAGAAAAACAGCCAAAAUUCACAAAUGGUUGUUCUCAAGCAUUCCUCGCCCAAACCUCCUCGGAAAAUGUCCAAAAAGAUAACUCUUGUAACGAGUUCACCAGAAAAAUCAGUGUCAAAUAAUUCAGAUGUUAAUACUUGUCAGGUUUUGCAUCCACCUAAAGCUUACCCAAAAGAAUCAUUACCUAUGCAGGUUAAAAUGUCAGGUCUUACCACAAAAAGCUUUGAAUUAUCCAGUGCCUCAGAAAAUGACUCUAAAGAGUCUAAAGAACUAGCCAGUUGUACUGGAGCUUUCACUGUUGGAGCUCCAGAGAAUGGUAUGCAUUCAGAAAAGACAUUGUACACGAGUCUAUCGCCAGAGGAAAGCCUUCAAAGUCAAGUGCAAACUUCAGAACCAGAAACUGGUGAAGCAACUCACGUCACUAUUCUAAUUCCUAAGUCCAAUCCCAGUUAUCUCCCCAAAGAUCAAAACAGGAUAAACCAGCCUUUUAAUGAGAGUGUUCAGACAGCACAGUGUCAGGCAGUGGUACCUCUUAUUAAUGUGAAUUCUGAGCCUUUACUUCAGGCAAAUGACAGUUAUGACCUCAAUUCAGCCUCUCCCAAAAAGAAAGAUAGUGAACCUUGUGCUCAUGUUGAAGAUGCCACAUCACCAAAUUAUCUCAUUGAACCCUCAGAAUCAGUCACUAUGGCAACAAAUUGUGCCUCUCAAAUUUUAAAACCACUGUCGGCAGACCUUACUAUUGACUCACAAGCAGUAGGGACUAAUUCUUCAGGUGUUACAUCACCUCAAGUUCACAACUACCCCAUGUCCACUCUGCAGACUCAGGAACUUCUUGUGCCAAGUCCACAGACUAAAGAACCUCCAGAACUAUUAUCACUUGUCUCCUUACCACAAGUUCAAUGCCUCACAGUUUCAGCACCACAUUUUUCGAAGCCACUAGAACCUUCCAUAUCCUCAACAGCAAAUCUUGAAUCUCCAAGAAUCUCAGAAGGUCUUUUAGAACCAUCUGUUAUGUCUCUAGAUGUCAUAGACCCCUCUGACGUAUUCUGCGAGGUCACAGAACCAUCUAAAGUACUUUCACAGGAUUUGAAAUCCUCUGAAGCAUCGACGUCACAUACAUUAGAAACGUCUAUGUCAUCGGUGAGUGAGGAGGUGGUUUCCAAGAUAUCAGAAGCAUCAUCUUUAGACAUUAAUGAGCCUAGGAGCCCUUCAAAAGAGCUGCCUUGCAUUACAGUGUUGGCUGAGAGCAUGUAUGGUGACUUUGAGCAGGCUAUGGACCACUUACGUUACCGGCUAAUAGCGACACGCAACCCUGAAGAGAUCAGGGGUGGAGGCCUGCUCAAGUACAGUAAUCUGCUUGUCCGGGACUUCAAACCUGCCUGUGAAACAGAAAUUAAGACUCUUGAGCGCUACAUGUGUUCACGUUUUUUUAUUGACUUCCCUGAUGUGAAUGAGCAGCAGCGCAAAAUUGAGUCAUACCUGCGCAACCACUUUAUCGGAGAGGAGAAAAGUAAAUACGAUUACUUGAUGACCCUUCGGAGAGUGGUCAAUGAGAGCACUGUGUGCUUGAUGGGGCAUGAACGCCGUCAGACUCUCAAUAUGAUUACCAUUCUAGCACUUAAAGUCCUGGGUGAGCAGAACAUCAUUCCCAAUGCCAAUAAUGUUACCUGCUACUACCAACCUGCACCGUACAUGACAGACCACAGCUUCAGUAACUACUACAUUUCAAAUGGCCAGUCCCCGCUGAUAUACCACCCCUAUCCACUACACAUACACAUGCAGUCUGGAUUAGUUUAGGUCUAAGUACAUGAUCUAUGUAGAUGGGAAAAUGCACAGGGAAAUCUCUGAAUCUCGCAGCCUAAAAUAUCCACCACACAUGAUCUACCCUUACGCAUGUGUCCCAAUAUUUUAACUGAACAAAAACCAGUUAAGUACCUAAGUGUUGGAGAACAGUCUGUGUCAGUUAUGAUCUGGUGAGAACUGCACAUACAAACCAUAUGUAUAUGAAAGUUAAAGCAAAUGUGUCACAUGCUUUUAAUUGAAGAAGACAAUGACAAGAUAAUUGGCUUUAAAACAGGAAGACGGAAAAAGACUGCAAUAUAUAGUGACUACUAAAACAUUAUGAGGGAAAAACUUGACUAGGCAUGUUCUUUUCUUAGUCGCUGGAAGGUCCUGUUGUAACAAGCAAACAAAACGCUAGAAAAGGUAAAUGCUUUUGAUAGAAACACUAUUUUCAAUGAUUUAAUGCUUUAUUGGCAUGACAAAAAAGUGCAAGAGAAAUAAUCAGCAUGCAGCCAACGCUUUAUUACAUAGUAAGGUACUUUUGUUGUCUGAAACAAUUAAACUGAUUGUUCCCGUCUUGUUAUGCUCUAAGAAAGUUUGGUAAGGUCAGUGUUCCAUUCCUUUUUUUCUGAUUUCUGUUUGAAUUACGUAUUUAAUAUGUUGUGAUACUUCUUAGUACAUCUACUGGGUAUGUGUAUCAUUUAUUUAUAGUGUAUGCUUAUUAGUAGAUUAUGAAUGAGGAUGCCAGGGAUGUCCAGUCGUUUUCCUGGAGGACCACUGUCCCGCAGCGUUUAGUGAUCCUGAAGAUCUUGACUGAGUGGUUCAGGUGUGUUUAAUUACGACUUGUGCUGAAAAAAUGGCCUUCCAGGAACAGGACUGGAAAGCCUUGAUGCAUUCGGUAGAGAAAAAAAACAAAACAAAUGAGAGGUUUCAGGAAAAACUAUCUAGUGAUCUGCAAUGUCUGUUUGAACAAAUCUACACUACGGAAUGCAUUCAUUUAAUGUGAACAGAUCUCAAAUUUAACAGAGUGAGGUACAAAGAUCACUACCAAACUUGAACAGAUCCAAAAAACAAAACCAACCAAGCAACUACAAAAGAUGAAGGAAUAAGGACGUUUGCUGGUGUCUUUUGUGUAUCUAUGGUGCACAAUGUUGAUUUCACACAGAGAGUAACAAGCAGUCUUCUUUAGUUUUCUCUUCUUAUACUGUAAAUGUAGCCUCAAACAAUCCAUGUGAGGACAUUAAAUGAUGUUAUUUAAUAUUUAUUUGUAUUUAACAGAACCAUUAGUGGUGCUGAAGACUUAAAUACAUUUCCACCCUUUUUUUACAUCUUUGUGACAAAAAUGCAUAUAUUUUUCCAAGAAUUUAUGUGUAGAACUGUAUUAUAGCCUACAUUAAAGAUUGCACCAGCCACACAUACAGUACUAUACACAGAUAAACAUGAAUAGAAACUAUAAAGUCAGGACCAAAAUCAUAAACGUGUGUGUUGUUGGACAUCGAUAUGGCAUGAAGAUUACUGAAUUGUUAUUUUCAGUUGAUUGAUUAUUAUAACGAAAUUUAUUAAAGUGAUUUGCCUAAAUCAUACAUUUUUCACAAGCAAGAGAAAAUAUACACGACUUGUAUGACAUGGUGGCUUCACUGAAAUUGUAUAAAGAAAUUUUAUUUUUAGGUUAUGUUGAUCACAUAGUGAAAGUAUUAGCAAAUGUUUGAGCUUGACCUUAAUAAAAUGCAAAGAUUUCCUAGAUCUCACAGAGAUCUCAUCACUGGUAUAGUUAUUCAAACUUGUGGAGUUACUUUUUCCUGUGCAGACCUACAGUUUUUGUAAAGUAUUGGCUUGAUUGUAUGAUGAUUUAACAUUCUGUUAUACCUUUAUGUAAUCGUCUACCUAUGAAAUACAGCCAAAACCUGUAGUAACACUGUGCUUAGAAAUAGGUUUAGACUGAAAUUGUUUACCAAGAUGAUGUACACCCAUCAUGAAAUACUUAAAACAGUUUAUAUGACCAAAAUUAUUUUUGCAGGAAAACAUCAGUGCCUAAAUGAGCAGGAGAACGCUGUAAAGAAGGUGACAGAAAGGACAACGCUCCUGCAAAUGCAGCAGUCACUUUUUCUUUUUCUUUUCAGGUGUACAUGAUCUCCUCUUCUCAUGCUAUUUGUGUUGAUGUCAGAUGUACUUCUGUGCUGUGGCUAGUUUUGUUCAUUUAAUAAAAAGGUUAGAAAAAGAAUAGACCCUCUUCAUUU